AUGUGUAGACUAUAGAUUGGAAUAAGUAGAAGUUACGCGAUUUAAAAAAUAUAAAUAAAAUAUUAAUAUAUAUUAAAUGUUCUGCUGCGGUUCAAAAAAGAAGAAAUCGAAGUAGUUUUUUGGAAUUUUAGGAAGAGUGCCAAGCCAGAGGAGCCAUCGACAAAUUCCGACACACAUUCUUUGAAAAAAGAAGAGGAAUCCUAAAAAGUAAUUGUUCCAUCACCAACCCCUGCAAAACCAAUUGACUAAGUUUUUAAUUAAAAUUAAUUCAAAUUAGGAAAUGCUGUAGCAAAUAUAAAAUAUUAACGACUUACGUAAUCGUGGUUUAUAUGAAAAAAGGUAUUUAAAUAGUAAGUUCUUAGUGUUCAACAUGAAUAUGAUUACAUAACCUAAUUGAUAAACAAAGAAAACAUCCAAUAAUAGUUUGCACUCGAAUAUAAAUGGGCAGUUAAUUACACAAAUCAUCUAAAAGGAAAAAAAACAGAAAUUAAAUCUAUAGAUAACUAAAAGUUAGUAGGAUCAAAUAAAGUUAUAAGAAGUGGUUUAGCAUUAGAUAAAGACUAUGUUGCAUUAAAUGAGUCAGCAUGGAAUUUUGUAAUGUAAAUGUAUGGAGGAGGUCCAGAAGUUAAAUUACCUACUAUUAUUAAACGAGAAUCUAAUGUUUAACCUAAUAGUAAUUCUAAUACUAAUAUUAAACCUCCAAAAUAACCAUAAACAAUGAUUUAAACUUAAAAUCAUUCAAGAUUUAUUGAAUAAAAACCUAUGAAUUAGACUGUUUCAGUAAUGACAACUCCUAAAUCUGUUGAUAGAUAAAUAACAUCAAUUAUAUAAUCGCAUCCAAGAAAUGAUAGUGCUUAAAAUUACAGAAGAUAAUAAUUGGAAUAACAAAGAACAUUAAUAACUUAAGGUCAAUUACCAAUUAUUGGAUUAAAAAAUCCUAGAUAUUAUUGUUAUUUGAAUUCUGCUUUACAAGUCCUUUUGAGUAUUGAUUCUCUUACUGAAGGAAUUCUAGCUAUUUAACCUAAAUAUGGAUAAAAAUUUUUAUCUGCAUUUUAAGAAUUAUUAAGAGCAGUAUUAUAUUUUUAUUUAUUUUUAGAUCAAAAGAUAAAAUUCUUUUUCUGCAAUCGCUGCUUAAGGUGUUUGGGAAAUAUGUUCUGGAAAAUUCCAAAUUAUUUAAUAAUAAGAUAGUCAUGAAUUUCUUUUGUUUUUUUUGGGAAAAAUUCAAGAAGAAUUAGUGGGCAAAUAUAAAAAUAAAUAAGAAUUUAAUUCUGCUGAGUAAGCCUGGAAUGAUUACAAAUUCAAAAAUUAAGAUAUUAUAGAUAUUAUUUUUGCUGGUUAAUCCACUAGUCAGUCUUUUUGUAAAUCAUGUAAUUAAAUUUGUGAAGGAUAUGAUCCAAUAUGGGAUCUAUCUUUGCCUAUAAGGUAUUUUUAUAUUUAGAAUUUUUUAGUAAAUCUUAUACAGGUAUUGAUUUGAUGGAUUGUCUAAAAUAAUAAUAUAGAGAAGAAGUUAUUAAUGAUACUUGGAAAUGUGAUAAAUGUAAAAAAACAAAUAAAUCAGUUAAAAGAAAAAUGUUUAUUAGUUAGACUCCUCAAUAUUUAAUUAUUUAAUUUAAAAGGUUUACUAGUUUUCCAACAUCUCAAAAAAUUAAUGAUUCUAUUUCCUAUCCUGAGAAGUUGGACAUUUAAGAGUAAUAAUAAUUUAAUUUAUUUGUAGAUUCUGCUCUAAGGGGUUGUAAACUAAAUAUAAACUGAAAGCACUUAUAACUCAUAUGGGUUAAAUUAAUGGAGGACACUAUAAAGCUUAUGCUGAAAGAUAUGAUAACUGGUAUUAAUUUGAUGAUGAGAUUGUUACUAAAAUUAAUGGAAAAUAAUUAUCAGAUAGAUCUGUCUAUGUGUUGUUAUAUGAAAAAUAUUGAAAUUUAAUUCAUUUGUUGUGUUUUUAUAAAACAAG